CGGUUGUUUUAACCGUUAUAUAUGAGUGCUUCAACACUGUUAUGUAUGAGUAUUCUUUACAUUUAUCUUUUAUAUUUUUUUUUUUGAUCUCCUCAAGAUAAUAAAAUCCUAAAAUCCUAAAUCUUCUUCUCUUCGUUCCCGUAAGCCCUAAAAUCCUAAAUCCCAAAAACACCACCUUCAGCCGCCCCACAAAUUCUCCCUCUGGCCUCCGUGGCAACGACGAGAACCCCGCCGCGACUCGCCACCUGCCCCCGCCGCGUCCUUGCUUCCUCUGCCACCCACCGCGGCCCGCCACUCCUCUUUUGUGAUAAAGCCCUAAAUCAAAACUUAAUUCAAAUUCGAGUUCAAUCAAACUCGUCACUCCCCGUCGCUGCUCUGUUCUGUGGCUCUCGAAGUCGCCGGCCGCCGCUGUCCAUACCUCCCCCCCUGAUGAUUCUCGUAUCUCUCUCACUCUUCCCGGCGCAGCAAAUUAGCUCCACUCGUCCCCGACCCAACAAGACAGUAGAUCGAUUCCACUCUGCCCAGUCCCGUCGUUUCCUGCACCACUUCGGAGCUCCGAUGCUCAGCCCUUUCUCGUAUCCCCGCCUCCGACGCGGGUAGCCUUCAGGUCAGGCUGCGGUUACUUCUUUGUCCAUUUGGUUCCAAUAUUGUAGUUCGUACAGCAUGGUGAGUUUUGAAUUAUAUUCUCAGAUGAGCGUCGAUGAUAAGCCAACAGGUGUAAUGAGAUUUUGCAUUACUCCAACAUAGGGUUUAGCUUCUGGCAGUUUCUAACCACAUCAGUUAUGUAUUUGAAAGAGAUUCUGUAUCUGUUUCAUAUAAACCACGAUUGCAGCUAAUAUAUUUUCCACCAUUUUCUCUUUUGACUUGUGAGUCCUUUCGUUCAUAAAAAUAAUCUGCGUGUUUUCUUUACAGGUGUUUGAGUCAUUUUCAUUUUCAGGUGUUUGAGUCAUUUUCAUUUUUAAUAUCUUUCACAUAAAUUUUAUAUUCCUGCAUGCUGCAUCACAUGGGUUGUGCACAUUGGAAAAAGGAAGAUGUAUGGUGAUUCAGUUUUAUAAUGGCUACAAUUUGAUAUGCAUAUACAGGUUGUAGUAUGUGAAGGGAAAGAGAGAUGCUCCUUCACAUAUUUUGACUUCGAAAACCAAAAAUUUCAUUUAUUUGCUAAAAUAGGGAUCUUGACUUCGAAAACCUGCAUGCUCAUUUGUUAUACCAGCAACAAAUUCCCUACCGAUUAUAUCCCAACAGUAUUUGACAAUUUUAGUGCUAAUGUGGCUGUAGAUGGCAACAUUGUCAACUUAGGACUCUGGGAUACUGCAGGGCAAGAAGAUUACAGCAGGUUGAGGCCACUCAGUUACAGAGGUGCUGACAUUUUUGUGUUGGCUUUCUCUUUAAUUAGUAGGGCUAGCUAUGAAAAUGUCCUCAAGAAGUGGAUGCCCGAGCUUCGUCGUUUCACUCCCAAUGUUCCAAUCGUGCUAGUUGGAACAAAGUUAGAUCUCCGGGACGACAUGGGUUAUCUUGCUGAUCAUAUAGGAGGAUCUAACAUCAUCACCACAGCCCAAGGCGAGGAGCUGAGGAAACAGAUUGGUGCAGCAGCUUACAUAGAAUGCAGCUCCAAGACUCAACAGAAUGUGAAAGGUGUUUUUGAUACUGCAAUCAAGGUUGUGCUUCAACCUCCACGGAGAAAGGAAGUGGCGUCGCAGAAGAAGCGAAACACUACUGGCUGCUCAAUUGUGUAUGCCUCUGGGACUACUUCAAUAAGAAGAAGCAAACUAUAUUAAUUCCAUGGAGAAGAUGGUGCUAUUCUUGUCCCUGGUGGUGUAGUUAGUAUAAAAUUGGGCGAUAUGAAGAACCUAGUGCUUAUAUGGUGGGAGAAUUGUUAGACAUAAAUGUAUGUGAUAUUUAUGAAUAUUUGGAUGAUAAUGUAUGAAUAUUUUGGAUGUUAUACAAUAUAUGUUAUCGAUGGCAAUGUCAUUUUGUUGUUUU